AUGGCGAAUUUUGUUCUGCAAGUGCCAAACAACUUGAGGAGCUUCACUGUUUCUGCUUCGGUUUCAUCAAAUGGGUCUCCUCCUUUGAGUUCUAGUGGUAGCAGUGGUGGGGUUGGUGGACCAGUGAUUUUGGAGCUUCCUCUUGAUAAGAUAAGGAGGCCUUUGAUGAGAACCAGAGCUAACGACCCAAUCAAGGUUCAAGAACUCAUGGACAGCAUCAGUGAAAUUGGCCUUCAGACACCUAUUGAUGUGCUUGAGGUUGAGGGAGUUUAUUAUGGCUUCUCCGGUUGUCAUCGUUAUGAAGCUCACCAGCGUCUUGGCCUUCCAACAAUACGCUGCAAAAUCCGGCGUGGAACAAAAGAAACUCUCCGGCAUCACCUCCGCUGA